UAUUUCUUUAAAUUUAAAGUAUUAUUAGGUAUAUAACUGAUAAUUAAAAUAACAAAUGUGGGACAAUUCUAUUAAAAUAUACCCUACAUUAUUAGCACAGUGUAUUAGGGAAGUAUUGAUUUUGGGUGGAUAUUGAUGUUUUGACCCUAAAUUUUCGUGAUAUUUCAGUGCGGUACACGCUAGUGAUCUCGAGCAAGUAAAAUAAACAAGUUUAAUUACCAAAAUAUUUAGAGAUUUGUCUAUAUUAGCAUCACGCAAUCAUCACUAAAUAAUAUAUCAUAUAUAUAAAUAUUAAGGAAAAUAGUGAGAAUGUGUAAAUAAAUAUUGAUUUGUCUAAAAAUUGAACGUGUUGGAUAAUUUAAAAUAUUAUAAUUACUUCAAAUAGAAUUUAUAUUAUGAUUUUAUAAAUUAAAAUCUGUAACAUGGAAGUUAUAUAAUUAGAAAUGACCAGCUUGACUUUGCCUUUGGAUAAUAUCGAUGUAAGUGAAAAUACGGAACAAAUUAGUAAGUUAUUUCCCAAGUGUAGACCCAGAAGUGAUAUUAAUUUAAAUCCUAUCGGUGGUUCAGAAAAGGAACACGAAUGUGUUGAAAAUGCUACAAACACUGCCAUGAAUACCCACAAUGAAAACGAUAGAUGGUUGGCAGACAGUUCCUGUACUGUUACUAGAGACAAUAAUUCUCAACUAUACUCGCAAGAUGAAGAUAGUAUUUCUGAUCAGAAAGUUUCUGUUGGAACGUAUAAAUUGAGAGAUUCUAGGAUAAUUGAAAUUGCGGGUGGACGAGAAUUGUACUCUCAGAGUAGAACGAAAGCGGUGAAAAAAUCUAAAAGUAGUCAUUUGUUGGGGGAAGAUGGGGAGAAAAAAAGUCAAAAAUCUCCAAUGAGGCAGGGCGUUUGGGAAUUGAGAGCAAAAAAUAACGAAAUAAAGAAGGCGAGGAAUUCACAAGAAUAUACGGAAACCAUUUUUUCUUCUGAAGUUUGUUCGAUGACUCAUGAAAAAGCUGUACAAAAUUCUUCAGAGCAUUUAGUAAAUUCAAGUAACAUGGCUAGCUCUGGAGAUGUAGUAGUAUUCGAUGAUAUAGGUGAAACUUGGUCAGAUGAUAAAGAUAAAUCUGAAAAUUAUGAGCAACAUGAUGAAUCCAGUAAUUUUGUGGCUACACAUUUAUAUAAUGAUAUUGACAAAGUAACUAAAGUUAUUGGGAGUUUACCCAUAGCUGUUUACGAGGGUUCCCCAAAACGCUACGGUCCUAGAGAAACUGUAACAAAUAGUUCACAUAUUCAGCUUCCCAGUGCACAGAGUUUACUGGCUUCUCCCAGUGUUUAUCCUCCUAGGCCUGGUUUUCCUCAAAGAAUAGUCACCAGUCCUAGUCCAAGCGAACGAGAAAAAAGCCUCAAUCUAGAAAACACCUCUUACAAUAGAACGUCUUCGCCGCCAAGCAUAAAUGCCUCUACUUUUGAUUAUCUGUACGAGUUCUCGGAAACUCGCAAAGUUCUGGAAGAAUUUUUCAAAUGCCCUCCAGAAGAGGAAGAAACGAGGCUCGAUACGGAAUUUCAGGACUUAGAGUACGAAUUGAGACGACAGGCAAGUGAAUCUGGAAAUUCGUAUGUAGGAAAAAGAUUAGCUAACGGUCGAAGCAGUGAACUUGAUUUUUGCAUGCGCAUUGAUUCUCCAAGGAAAUGUGUAACAAAUUCUAAAAUUCCAUACCAGGAGCGUGACUUUGUCGAGCAUGAAAAUAAUUUUUUGGACCUGUCCAUUGGUACAGGCUCUAGUGGAGAUUUAGGAGAAACAGAAGUGGGACUUCAGGUGGGUCAUAGUAGAAAUUUCACUCUUUCGCCUGAAACCACCGACUGCGACUCAAAUUGUGGCGAUUUAGAUAGUGAAGUUUCUUUAAUGCUCCUGGAAAAUGAACUGGCACCUUCUGGAGGCCUUUUAGGAUCUAAUAAUGAUUUGGCUGUUCCUGGCGAUUCUUUACGCUUAUAUUCCAGUAUGCCAGUUUUGGAAGAUGGUCUCUCCUCAGGUCAUGCUAGUGAUACAGAUAAUAAUAAUCCCACUGUUAUGCUGAUGAAGCGACAAAUUACCGAAAUAGAACGCGAAAUAAAUCAAGGUCUUUGCAAAGUGAAACCGGGUAACAAUAAGCAUUCUGAAAAUGGAAUAUCGCCUGAAAAAGGAAGCGUAAAUGCAUCCCCGACCAAUCUAAACAGUUUUGAGGAGCCUUUAAAUCUAUCACAAAACGAUUCAGCAGAAAAAACACCUCCGCCACCGGCUCCGGCACCUCAUCGCAUGGUUAGUGGCGAAAAAUCGAACGAGGUGGAAGCAGCAAUUAAAGACAUCAGAUUAACCCUUCAAAGGACUAAAACUUUGCCUUUACAAAGACACCUCGAAGAAGAAUGCGAGGAUAAUUGUGGUAGUCCCGUUUGGGUACCCAGUCAUUUUAGGCAAAGAGGGUUAUCCAUAACCAGUGCAGAUUCUGAAAGAAAAGCGAAUAGUGGACCAGAAGAUGAAGAAAAUGACACGGAUUUAGAAACUGAUAGGCUUUUAGGACAACAAAGAACAGACGACCAAGGAUUCUACGAUGAUAAGGAUUGGAGAAAACCUAAAAGUCGGACGAUAUUGCCCCAAAUUGGCCUUUCCAAUCCCAAACAAAUGCUCACUUCCUUAGACGAAAGUUCCAUCCCUUUAGUGUCCCCCUCUGACGUUCAAAAUUCCGUUCCCCCCUCCCCCUCGGCUGUAUCUGACAAAAGUCAAUCGCCUCAAAGUCAAAAGGGAUCAGUGUCUUCAAAUAAAACUAAAAAGGAAAAAGACAAGAAGAAAGGACGCAACAAAGAAGAUGUAAUACAACGUUCAGUUUUGAUUGAAGGGGUUUUAUUUCGUGCAAGAUAUCUGGGAUCCACACAGCUUGUUUGUGAAGGCCAGCCAACCAAGACUACAAGAAUGAUGCAAGCGGAAGAGGCCGUUUCAAGAAUUAAGGAAGCAUCUGACCAUACCAUUCAAAACUAUGAACCGCAAUAUUCAUAUAGUAGUCCCGAUAGUGGGAGUUUCGAGGAUGUAUCUCAAGUAAAUUCAGUCGCACCGAGUCAGUUGAAACCUGAAAACGCCACAAUCCAACCAAUGCAACCAUUAAUUAAUGAAGAGCCACCGUUUUGCGACACAAUCAGUCCUUUUGGCAGUGGUGUUGGAGCGACGGGCACCGUGUUUCAUUUGCUUUUCCUUGGCUCAGUCGAAGUUGACGAGGAAGGGGGUAGAAAACGCAGAAAAAAGUUCAAGAAAAACAUGGUAGAACUUGCCGUGACAAAAAUAAAGGCCUUGGCCCCAGACGGAGAAACUCAGCCUAGUACUGAAGUAGAUCUCUUUAUAUCUACCGAAAAAAUAAUGGUGUUGAAUACGGAUUUAAAAGAAAUUAUGAUGGACCACGCAUUGAGAACGAUAUCUUAUAUAGCUGAUAUAGGUGAUUUAGUAGUACUAAUGGCUCGAAGAAGGUUUGUGCCUCACGAGGUGGAAGACGCUCCAAAGAUCAAUAGGACUCCUAAAAUGAUAUGCCACGUUUUUGAAAGCGAGGAAGCUCAAUUCAUAGCUCAAUCCAUUGGACAAGCCUUCCAGGUGGCUUACAUGGAGUUUCUCAAAGCGAAUGGAAUCGAAGAUCACAGUUUUGUCAAAGAGAUGGACUAUCAGGAAGUGCUGAACUCGCAAGAGAUUUUCGGCGACGAACUACAGAUGUUUGCAAAAAAGGAAAUGCAAAAAGAAGUAGUAGUUCCAAAAGCUAAAGGAGAAAUAUUAGGAGUAGUGAUAGUGGAGUCUGGAUGGGGAUCUAUGCUUCCCACUGUUGUGAUAGCAAACUUAGCACCAGCGGGUGCAGCGGCCAGGUGCGGACAACUGAACAUCGGUGAUCAGAUCAUCGCAAUUAAUGGCGUCAGCCUGGUGGGCCUUCCACUAUCCACAUGCCAGAACUACAUUAAAAACUCGAAAAAUCAAACGGUAGUUAAAUUAACUGUAGUGCCGUGUGCGCCAGUUGUCGAAGUAAAAAUAAAACGACCAGACACGAAAUACCAGUUGGGUUUCAGCGUACAAAAUGGAGUGAUUUGUAGUUUAUUGCGGGGUGGAAUAGCGGAGAGGGGUGGUGUGCGAGUAGGACACAGGAUUAUAGAGAUAAACAACCAAAGCGUUGUUGCCGUACCUCAUGAGAAAAUCGUUAAUUUACUAGCAACAUCUGUAGGCGAAAUUCUAAUGAAGACAAUGCCAACUUCCAUGUUCCGUUUGCUGACCGGGCAAGAGAAUCCCGUUUACAUUUAAUUUAAAUUUAAUUGAGAGGUUUGAAAGUGCCUAUUUGUAGAUGAUAAUUAUAUAAAAAGAUUGGGAAUUGUUUUUUUGAGUUUCGUGUUUGAGACGCAGAUUGAUCUAUUUUUAAUUAGAAUUAGUUCAUCUGACUGACGACAAUACAAGCAAGACCUGCGCGCUCUGCACAAAUUUUACAGUUCGCUGGCUUUCAUUAAUCAGAUUGAUGAUAGAAUCGCAUCCUUCUAUUACCAAUUGAAAAGAAAGAAGAGAGAAAAUAAUGUACUGUCUCCCAUUUUUAAUGGAUAUGUGAAAAUACCAAAUAGCCUUUAGCUUUCUAUAAUAGGUUGUACCUUGGGCUUUGCAAGAACUUGUUACUUGUGGGGGUAAAAAAAUCAUACCAAAGACUGUUGGAUGGCUUAGCAUAAUAAAAUUAUUGUCUUGAUUUAGUCUUAUUCACGCAUUCCAGUAAUAAUAUACAAAUAAGUUUGUUCCAAGAAGUAUCAAGAACCCUGCCACUGUACCAUCUCCAUAUGCUAAUUAAAUAAAAUAGGUUACAAUUAUAUCAGUGUAUAUGUGACGACGGUACAGUAAACAUUCUUGUAGAAGUUGGAACAAACCUAAUAUGUCCUGAAUAUAUUUACUAAGAUACAGUUAAUGAAUCUUCAUAUAUUUUUUUCUUAUUUCUAGACAAUAUUUUUUUGUAAAAUUUCGAUUUUACGUGUAUUUUUAAUCACCACGAAACUUAAUUAAGUCGUAUUAUCUAUUGAUUUUUGUUCUAGUCAAGUAAGUUCUGCUAUAACAAAUUAACUGAAGCUUGUAAGACCUAUUUAAUUUGACAAAUAUAAUUCUAGUUAAUGUUUCCCCUUCAAUAUUUAAAGUACAUUUUUAUGAUUAGAAAAGUAAAGUUAAUUUUCGUAUUCCUUCUUGGAAUAUCAUACCAGACUAGCAAACAAGUUUUACAAAAUAUUUUCUUGAUAUAAUAAAAACCCUGGAAGCAUCUAAAAGCGAAACUUGAUAAAAUAUGUCUUAACUAUCUGUAGUUUUCACUUAUGAGUUGAUACAUUUGUAUAUAACAAGAUAGCUUUAAGAUAUAAUAAACAUAUACCACAUUCCAUAUUGGCAUAAGAGAUAUGAAAUUAAAAUAAAUGUGAUUCCAUCUUACACCUUAUAAAUAAUUUGAUAUAGCCAGGAAAAAUUUAGAAAAAUUAAUAUAUUUGUUUAUGUCAUCUUAAAUUCCACACAAUCAGAAAGGCAGCAGUUUCAAGAGUGAUAUACUUGAAUCAGUAACAGUUUUUACAUAACUUGAUUUUUACUGUAACAUCCAGAACAUAAUUAAUUUUAAAAGUUUCAGACACUGAAAUGUUUUAGGUGAAAUAAUGUCCAAAAUUUAUAUUAUGAUAAAAGUUCUCAGCCAGUUUGUAUUGUUUACGAAUUUUAAUUGGAAUAGCUCAGAUUGUAUCAAAAUUAAAGUUAGUGCAAAAAGGAAGAAAUAUGUACAUGUUGUAAUGCUUUAUUAUUUAAUAUUGCUAAAUAUAUAAUGCUGAAUACA